AUGGUAGGUAAUAAUCCUAAAGAAGAUAUUUUAACAAGUUGUAAAGCAACAGCAAUGAUUUAUAAUGAUGCACAAAAGAAAUGGUUACAUUGUGCAUCUAAUGGUCCAGCGAAAGUUCAGUUAUUAUUUUCUCCAGAUACUCAAACAUAUCGUAUAGUUGGUCGACAAAUUCAAGAUCAUGAAGUUGUUCUAAAUCAUUCAAUAAGUAAAGGUAUUAAAUAUAACCAAGCUACACCAACAUUUCAUCAAUGGCGUGAUCAAUCGUGUGUUUAUGGUUUAAAUUUUUCAUCAAAAAUUGAUGCGCAAGAAUUUGGUAGUACAAUGAUGAAAAUUCUUGAAAAUGUCAAUGGUUCACCUAGUAACCCAUCUUCUCAUAUGAUUAUGAAUGGUGGUGCAACACUUCCAUCGUCAUCUACAAUGACAAAUAAUAAU